AUGGUUAUAAAAAAAAUGAGAAAUAUUAAAGGUUUUGAUGAUACAUGGUUUUCAUUGAUGAUGUGUAAUUCUUUAUUAUCUUUGGUUUCUGCUUAUGUUCAAAAGAAAGAUUAUUUGUAUCAAAAACUAACAAAUGCUCCAAAUUUUAAUAAAAUUCAAAUGGUUGUACUUUUGGAAAAAAUUCUUAAUAAUCAUCCAUGUUUUGCAGCAAGAGGAAAUGCUUUUAUAUUACUUGCAGCAAUGAACCAACCUGAUCAUCAAGUAAUCAUAAAUGUCUUGAGCACAUUACUUGAUGAAAAGGUAGUGAAGAAAUAUACUGCAAUUGAAAUUCUUUUAAUACAUUUAUCACCCAGUGAGUUUAUCGAUGAUUUAUUAGAAUUAUUAAAAAAUGAAAGUGCUAUUAUAGCUUAUGAAAUAUUAAAAAUAUUCACAGAAUUAGCUUUAAAUGAAAAGAUAGAUAUAAAUGGUAAACUAAAGAUCAUAAAUAAUGUAGCAAAUGGAAUACGAAAAUUAAAAUCAAAGAAACCGAUUAAUUAUUACUAUACAGACAUAAAAAUUCCUUUCACACAACCUUGGAUUAAAAUACAAGGACUCUCUGGUAAAGUACAAUAUUCUAUUAAUAUUGAAGAAUCAAAAAAAAAAUAA